UGUGAUCAGUGUGUUCCGCAACAUUAUGGUUUUGGAAUGGAAGGAUGCCAAUCGUGUGACUGUGAAGUAAUCGGAUCCGAAUCACCGCAGUGCGAUGUUCACACUGGACAGUGUCUGUGUCGUGACCAUAUUGAGGGUCGGCGCUGCGAUCGUUGCAUCGAAAACCGUUACAAUCUUCAGGCUGGUUGCCUACCAUGUGACGAAUGUUACACUUUGAUACAGCGACGAGUUAAUGCGUUCCGGAAAGAUAUUGGUGCGCUAGAGGAGACUCUCAAAGAAAUAAUCGAAAAUCCUUCGCCGGUUUGUGUUUGA